AUUCUGUCAAAGUCAAAUGCAUCAGUACCUUAUCAAAAUUGUUGAACAUUUGAAACUCAAAUAUUUUAGAAAUAUUUAGAUUGUUUAUUGUUUGAAAUUUGAAUUAUUAAUAAUAAUUGAGUAUAGCAAUGUCUACUGAGUGUUUCAAAGUAGUAUGUCGUGAUUAUCCUUCAGAUUUUUUUUUGGAUAAAGCUGUAGCCAAAGAUUAUUUUUUACAAUUUGGAAAAGUAAAAAGGCUUAUUUUUAAACCAAAAGUUAGAAUAUGUACUGUUGAAUAUGUUAACAAAGAAGACUAUUUAAAUGCCUUGAAUAAUGCGGGAGACUAUAAUGGAGUUAAUUUCAAAGUUUCCACUGAAAAAUCACUAGAAGUGAAGAAGAAAAAGCUUCCAGCAAGAACUGAACCUAUUUGGAUAGAUAAGGAUGAAAUCCAAGCUGAACUUGCUGCUAUGUCAGGAAAUUCUUCAAAAAAUUAUAAGUUAACAGAUGUUAUAGAUUUGACUGAUAGUUUGGAAGAAAGCCCAAAAUUGGAAAAGUCAGCAAAAUUGAAAACAAAAUUGAAAAAAGCAUGGAAGUCCAAAGAGAAAAAAAACAUCAAAGAACAUUUCAGUGCAACUAUGUCGAGUGAUAAAACGGAUUUUAUAAACCUUAUUUUAUCACAAGCAGUGUCCAUAGAAGAUAAAUACAGAAUUCUUGAUGCAAGAGACAAACUGUUACGAGUCAAAUUAAAGGAAACUGGGCACUUGAAGAGUUCAGCUACAGUGGGUACUUGCCCAGAUAUGUGCCCAGAAAAAGAACGCUUAAUGAGAGAAACCCAGCACCAGGUAGCUUUGUAUGAACAAGAAGAAAAUGAAAAAUGUAUGGAUCAACGUAAAGCCGUUAAACAAUACUCUCGAAGCUCAGCUGAUCAAGAAGCACCGCUACCACAUGAACUAAGACCUGUAUCUGUACUCAAAAUGACUAUGUGCUACUUAAUGAACAACAUAAUGGAACUUUGCGAUAAAAGCGAUGUAAACAUUGGUGAAUGGUUCCACUUUCUAUGGGAUCGAACUCGUGGUAUAAGAAAAGAUAUAACACAACAAGAACUUUGUUGUCAAGGUGCUGUUGAAUUAGUUGAACAGUGUGCCAGAUUUCACAUUCACUGUUCUGCCAGAUUAGUUGCAGAAGACCCAUCCGUUUUUGACCAAAAAAUCAACACUGAAAAUUUAACAAAAUGUCUUCAAACUUUAAAAUAUAUGUACCAUGAUCUCCAACUCAAGGGAGAGACCUGUCCAAAUGAAGCUGAAUUCAGAGCUUAUAUUGUUCUACUCAACCUCAAUGACGGAAAUUUCAUGUGGGAGGUUCAACAAUUACGGCAGGAAAUUCAAAAGUCAAAUGAAGUUAAAUUCGCUUUACAAGUCUAUUCCGCUCUGGAUAAAAAUAACUAUGUUGGUUUCUUCAAACUUGUCUACUCUACAACGUACCUUAAUGCCUGUAUUCUGAUGAGAUACUUCAUUCAGGUACGAAUAAUAGCUAUCAAAACUCUCUUGAAGUGUUAUCUGCCAAGAGGUUCUAAAACUGCAUAUCCCCUUAGUGAACUCAAAAAUAUUCUUGCAUUUGAAGACAUUGAAACAACAACUGAGUUCAUGCAAUCAUAUGGGCUCUCAGUAAAUGAAGAGAAUAGUCAUGUCAUCUUGGAGAAGAACACUUUUGCUGUACCUGACUUUCCAUAUAUUUUAGACCGCUCACUCAAAGUUGUUGAAUCCAAAAGAACUGCUUCUGUUGGAAGAAUAGUAUGUGGAAGGGAAUUAUCACAAAACACCUUUGAAAAUCACAUACCACAGAAUAGUUUUGAUCAGAAAGGAUAUCUCAUCUGUAAAGACAUUUUAGAUGUGUUAGAAUUGGAACAAGCCAGGUUGAAAAUCCUUAACGAAUUAAAAGAUACGAGGAAGUUUACUGAACCUAAAGAAACUUCACAAAAUAUUUUAUUUGAACAAGAAAGAGGUAGUUUGAAUUUGUUACCUCAGAAAGAAACACCCCAAUCAUCUCUAUUUAGAAACACAUUCGAGAAAGAUAUUCCAUCGGACAAUGUCAGUAUAUUUGGCAAUCAGUUGUCGUUUAUUGAAGAAAGCCAAAAUGUAUUUGGACACACUCAACAGAAAUCAAUGUCAUCACGAGAUCAACCAGAUUUUGGGUUCUCGAGUAAAACAGAUAUAAACUCUGCUAACAGUAACAACAAAAAUGUAUGGGGAUCAUCUUCAAAAAAUAUUUUCAGCCAACCAACAUCUAUAUUUGCUUCAAAAGCACCAGAAAGUGGAACAUUGCAGUCCUUACCCAAGAAAGGUGGUUUUACAUUCAAUUUAUUGCCAUCAAGUGAUGAAAAAGUAUCCAGUGUUUUUAGUAGUACACUUCCAUUAUCACGUCAUGAAUUGAUAGACCAAGAUAAUGAAAAUUCAUAUUCCACCUGCAUAUUACCAACAUUUUCUCAAUCUCAGGAAGAAGACUCUGUAUUGGACGAGGAAAUUAAAACUGGUGAACAUACUGAUGAGCGACUAAAAAAAAAUGAAGUGGAAAUGGAUAUAAUUGAAAACGAAAAGAGGUUAGAAGAGCUCAAAAGAGAAGAGGACCAGAAGAUUUUAGAACAGGAGAAAGAAAAAAAGAAGUUGAAAGAAUUGAAAAAAAAAUGGCAGGAAGAAGAAUUGAGAAGGAGAAUUUCUGAGUUACAAAAGGAGGAUGAAAUGGCCAGAGAACUGGAAAUAUCAAAUACUGUGAAGACUGUUCUCGAGUCAAUUGUCACCCAAGUCGACAACAAAUUACGUGAUGACAAAAUUAUGGAAAUGAGCAGAAAGAUCAAAAAUAGGUUUUUGCUGAAUAUAUUGAGGAGUUGGCAUGUGAUAGUGUUGAAAAAUAAAAGGAAACGAAAAGCUAUUGAUUUCAACUCCUCAUGGCUCAAUACUAAAACUCUGAAACAAUCUGCAGAAGAACUCCAUACAUCCUCACAAGAUUUGACGUUACAAUUCAUUAAAAGAUAUAGAUAUGGCAAAGCUUUAGAAGUUGGAAUUGUAAUAGAUAAUCCUAUAAAAAAGGUGGAUCUUUUCCAAUUGACGUACAGUACAUUGAACAAAAGGUUUUAUGAUUUAACUGGUAUAAUACAGAAGGACAUUUUCUGGAAAGUAGCAAUAAGUUUGCCAGAUAAACAUGAAUUACCAAUUGGAUUGAACAGAAUAGAAGAAACUUUGAGUGAUUUGUUUGAAUGGAAACAACAAAAUGGUCAUACUUUUGUAGUAGAGCAAGUGAAAUGUAAUAAUGUAGAAUCAAUAACUUAUUGUAUAGAAAAGCAACUUGGCACAUCUGUUGAGAGAUAUGAUGCAAAUGGUAUCAUUUUCAUAGGCAACGAUUUCAAUCACAACCUCCAGAGAAGAAUAUUUGAACACUUGAAGGGUUUUGGAGUUUUUACAAAGGUUCCUAUCGUUAUUAUUCUCCAGCAUUUCGAUAAUAAUGAGAAAUGCAAUCUGAACACUCUCAUCAAAGAAAAAAUUUUAUCAGAUUUCAUAAUUCUUUCAGAAAAUCUAAUGCUUCCUGGUUUGAUUAAUGUCAUUGAACAAGGCUUGAUAUUUUUGGCUAGUAAAGUUGAAAGGCAGCCUCCUUUGGAACUUGAUACUUUGUAUUCAUUCAUAGAGAAAUACUUAUGUACAGAAAUAUGGAAAAGGGCUAAUAGCUUUUCAAAGUGGAAUUCACAUUACAAAAAGUGUUUACAAAAUCCUGAUAUUGUUUUGAGUUUGUAUAAUGAGGGUUUAACCAAACUAAAAAAGGUAAUACUAAGCAAGUCGUGCAGAGAAUAUGCUGCAUUUCCAGAUGUCUUCAAAGACUACUUGAGAAGCAAAAUACCAAAUUUUUUACCUUGCAAUUACAGAUAUUUUCCAACAUUUUGGAAAGAACAGUCUUACUUUGAAAAAUUAGAGAAAAUAUUGGAUGGUUUAAGAUUACCAAAAUGGGUCGAAAAAUGGCCGGGAUCUAAUGAAUUUGAAUUGGAAUCACUUGUUUCUAAAUAUUGCACCAAAGUAUUCAAAGAACCAGUAAAGGUUUUCUACAAAGUGAUGAGUAUCUUAUUGAGAAAUGUGGACCCCGAUUUGAAUUUUGAAGAUGUACAACAGGUUCUCUGGACCGAUGUUAUAGAGAUACUAGGAUUAGAAAAAUUGCGUGAGAUGAAUUUGAGCUUAAAUAAUACCGAGUUCGAGAAUAUAUCAAUUUAUAAUACAUUUGUAGUUGUAUAUGACACUGAAAUGUUAACCAAUUAUAACUCUAGUAACUGGUUUUAUAUUAAUAAUCCAAUUAUUAAGAAAUCUAUAAAUCUGCAGUUAGAUAAGGAGAAAAGUCAAACCAUUUGUAAUGUGCCAGAUAAGGAUUCUAGUGAGGAUAUCGAAUAUAUAAUCAGCAAAGGAGAACAGCAACUUUCGUCAUGCAGAAAUAACACCUCAGAAAUGUUAAAGGGUUUGUCAGAGUUCAAUGCUUUGCUUGAAGAUUUGGAAACUAGUAUGAAUAUUUACAAAAGAAUUUCUUCCAAAAUGGAGCAGUCACUACAGAAGGCAAUUGAAGAUAAUUGAAAAUUUUCUCCUGUAUAUUUUUUAUCUACUUGUUGUGAUAUACAUUUUGUAUAA